CGUUGAAUAAUUUGGUUGAAAAAUGAGUCUCUUGCGCUUGAAGCUGUUGCGCAACAUCCAAACAUGCGCCAUUGGACCGCACUGGAGCGAUUUUCUGAAGGCCUCCUCCGCUGUGAAUGUCAACUUUACCUUAGCACCGGCCGCCAUUAGAACAGCCACAACAUUUGCCGAAAAAGAAUAUCGUCUGCGUAUCGUCGGUCAUUUGUCUUCUGCAUUUAAUUUACGCAAGUAUUCGUGUGGAUCGAUAAGAAAAACCAUGGAAGAGAACUGCGUGGUACCCGAUGUCAUUGCCAAGGCACCAAAGGCCACCGCAACUGUGCAAUAUCCGUGCGACAUUGUCGUGAAGCCCGGCAUGGUGCUGACGCCAACACAGGUGAAGGAUCAGCCGUGCGUGAAGUGGGAUGCCGAUGCCAGCAAGCUGUACACCUUGUGCAUGACCGACCCGGACGCACCCAGCCGCAAAGAUCCCAAGUUCCGCGAGUGGCACCACUGGCUGGUGGGCAACAUUCCCGGCGGCGACAUUGCCAAGGGCGAGGUCCUGUCCGCCUACGUUGGCUCGGGACCCCCGCCAGACACUGGCUUGCAUCGCUACGUGUUCCUCAUUUACGAGCAGAAGUGCAAGCUCGACUUCGACGAGAAGCGUUUGCCCAACAACAGCGGCGAUGGACGCGGCGGCUUCAAGAUUUCCAAAUUCGCCGAGAAGUACAAUCUGGGCGACCCGGUGGCCGGCAAUCUGUACCAGGCCGAGUACGAUGACUAUGUGCCCAUUCUGUACAAGCAGUUGGGUGCCUAAAUCCGCUAAACUAUGUCUGCGAAUCAAGUAAAAAUACAUAUACAUAUAUGAGAAUUAUAUAAUUGAAGUAGUCGUACAUUUGGAUACAUUACACAAAUUGAAAAUUUCCUGUACGUAAUCCCUUAAAAGACACACAUAUUGUGAAUAGAAUACCAUGUAAAACCUUGUGGCUGGCAAUAAAAUUGUUAAAUACAUCGACUGCUAA